AUGUCUGCCUCCAACAACGCCAACGCCGCCGCCUCCAACGCCCCAAAGCCUCCCACCCGCGCCGACUUCGUGUUCCUGCACCGGGACGUCGAGGUCCCCUACGACACGACGGCGUGCCCGUACUGCAUCACGCUGAGCUGCCCGUGUGGCACCCUCUUCCGCGCCUGCAAGGCACAUGAAGCAGACCACGACAACUUCACCCCCUUCUCCCGCCGCGUCCUCGGCCCCACCCCCCACAACGCCUAUCCGCCCGCCCGCGCCGCCGUGCCCGACAUCGAAGACGCCGUCGCCGUCGCACCGACCCAAGUGGUGCAACUGGUGAAAGUAGUGGGGCUGCAGCGGCAGCGCGCCGCCGCGGGGCUCGACGCGGGGGCUGGAAAUGCCUUCGUGAAGGCGGAGGGGGUGUUUGCGUUGGAGGAGAUUUGCCCGGUUGCGAGCGUCAUGGAGGGGGUAUGGAGGGUCAAGGGGCUGCGUGCGCGGAAUCCGGAGGUGCAGAGGGAGGGCGCUGUGGGGGUGAAGAAGGAGGAGGGGGCGGUCUGA